AUGUUGACUAAAAAAGUUUCUUCAGGAGAAAAUUCAAUUUUUAAUUACGAUAAUAUAAACAAGAAAUUUAUUAUUAAAGGUGAAGAUGUUAGAGACGGUGAUAAUGAUGAGGAGGAUAGUGAUGAGGAGGAGUUAUGGUUAAUUAAAUUACCAGGAAAUGUUAAUAAAUCAGAUUUUAAAGGGUUAACAAUUAAAUUACCGGAAGAAGAUAAGGCAAAAUUUAAGAAAACAAUAUCAGGUGAUGAGUACAGUUUAAAAAAAGAACGAUAUGAAUUUGAAGUGUUUCAACUUUUUAUUAGUAAUAGUAAUAAUCAAAUAACAUUAUCAAAUCAUAAAUUAACGUUAAAAACAAUGAAAGAAUUUGAAAUCUUAUUACCAAAUCCUAAAGGAGCAGAUGGUGGUUUGACAUUAUCAAAAAGAAAACCAGAUCGUUACUUUAAUGUGCAGCUUAAUUACAAUCUGUCCAAUACUAAAAAUAAAAUUAAUAAUGGUGUCGAUAAAGAGGGUAAAAGUGAUAAUAUGUUGUCAAAAAUACCCGAACAUCCACCAGAAAUAUAUAUUGAAAGAAAAAUCGUAACACCAUAUCAAGAAAUCAGGCAAGAAUAUAUGAAAUGUUAUGAAGCUGAACAUAAUAAAUAUUUAGAGAAGUUAGAAAAGAAAUGGAAGAUUAGUAGAUGGAAUAAAAGAUUUAAAAAACAUGUUAAAGAAGAGAAAAAAGAAAUGAAGAAAUGGCGCAAAGAAUUUCAAAAUGCUGUAAUGAACUCACAAAAAGAAUUUUAUGAGAAACUUGGAGAACUUAAAUUGGAGGGGAAGGAAGUUAAAAAGGAAGAGGAGGAUGAUACUAAUACUUGGCUAGAAAAUUUAAAACAAAAGAAACGGGUUAGAAAGGAAAAGGAAGAGCAAACAAAAGCAUUAGAAACUUGGAGACUUGAAUAUUCUGGUCUACCUAGAUAUAAACCACCAGAAACAUGGUGGGCAAAAAAUAGAGAUAAGAUCAUGAAGGAAGCCAUGAAGAAAAUUCCACCAAAGAAGCAAAAAUAA